ACUACGGGGGAGAACCGCACACAGCCACUUAAAGGAAAACACAACAUUUGGAAACGAAUGAGAAAGAAACCCGCCACUUUUCACAGAAAUCCACGAAAAUCCUCCGGACGUGACAGGAAUGCAUCAGCCAAACGAGAGGAUACGGAAUACGUUUGCGUGGCGUGUCUAACCGUUUGCGUUGCUGUACAACGAGCUUUUGGGGCUAACAGGCUAGCAUAGUUGUCGCUAAAACAUGGUGGGCAGACACUGAGCGAAAAACCUUCCAGACUCGCUCAACUAUUCCCGGAGUAUGCUAGAAAAAUAACUCGGUUUCUAUGUGUUAUGUUUGGAGGAUUUAUUUUGGACUUUAAAAUAGUUUUCUGUCUAUGUUGAAAACUCGCGCAAGACCUUUGAAAGUUUUUUCCCCCUUUUUGACGUUAACCAUCCAAGUUCCGUGGGUGAAAAAAUAUGAUUGAUUGAUGUAGUACGUACUUAACUGAGAAUGCACAAGAAACGAGGAGUUUCUUACAAAAAGCACAACUCCUUCGGCAAAGUUACGCGAUUCAGAGCAUCACCCCCUCAUCCAUUCAUUAAGUUUACAGCGUGAAAGCAACGCUCUGUAUAUAGGCUGUACGAGCUCAACUGGAAUAUAGGAAAACAUUACCAUGGAUAAUCCGGAAUACAUCUCUAUCUGUGGUUAAUUAAUGGCACUUUCCUUACGUUGUGGAGUUAAUUUAUUUGGACCAGUCCAAGCAAAGCAACACAUGGUUUGCUUACCAAUCGUUUUAGAAGACUUGCAGAGAAAAUUACAUGGAGACUAAGUGUUGGUCAUGCCAAGGAAGGAGUUACCAUUGCCAGAGGGUUGGGAAGAGGCCCGAGAUUUUGACGGGAAGGUCUAUUAUAUAGACCAUAUUAAUCAAACCACCAGUUGGAUUGACCCAAGGGAUAGGCAGACAAAGCCUCUGACUUUUGCUGACUGUAUUGGAGAUGAGCUGCCUGUGGGAUGGGAGGAGGCCUACGACCCCCACGUCGGAGCCUAUUAUGUCGACCACAACACCAAGAGCACUCAGUUGGAGGACCCGCGGGCCCAGUGGCAGCGGGAACAGGAGCUCAUGUUGCAUGAUUAUCUGAAUGUGGUUCAGGAAGCACUGAGUGCCCAAAAGGAGAUCUACCAGGUCAAAGAGCAGCGCCUUCGCCUGGCCCAGCAGGAAUAUCGGCAGCUAAAUGAUGCUUGGCGGGACAAGUCCUCCUCGCAGACCAGCUUAAAUUCCAGAUCCUCAUCAAGCAGUAAAUAUGACCCUGAAAUCCUCAAAGCAGAGAUUGUUACAGCAAAAAGCCGGGUAAAUAAGCUGAAGAGAGAUUUGGCCUGUAUGAAGCAAGAACUGCAUUAUAAGGAGCAAGGCUUUGAGACGUUGAAAGAAAUUGAUCAUAAAGUGUCCAGUGCCUCACAUGGCUACAAACUGCAUGAAGCCCAGGCCAUCCUGAAGGAGGUGAAGACCAUCAAAGAUGCCAUCAGCUCUGGAGAGAAGGAGAAGCAGGAGCUCAUGCGGAAACUGGCCGUGCUGAAAGAUGGUUUCCAGUUAGAUUAUGGCUCUCAGUCUGACCUAUGGGCCAGCAAUCCUUCCCUGGCCAACUCCAACCUCUCACUGCCCCGACUCUAUUCAGACGCAGAGUCCCAAACAGACAUACCUGCCCAGUUUGUAUCAAGCUCAAAUAAACUGGCGGAGAAGGUACGACUGAGCCUGAAAUAUGAGGAGGCAAAAAGAAGGAUUGCAAAUAUCGAAGUCCAGAUUGCAAAGUUGGAUAGCGAGGCAUGGCCAGGCCUGCUGGACCCAGAGAGAGAUCGCUUGAUCCUCAUCAAUGAGAAGGAAGAGCUGCUUAAGGAACUGCAGUAUGUAAGGCCGUGCAAACGUGCACCAAAUGAGGCAGAGAAGAUCGAGUCUGAGAAAAAACGACUCGAGAAGGACCUGCAAGCUGCACGGGACAACCAGAGCAAAGCACUGACUGAGAGGUUGAGGCUGCACUAUAGGAGAAAUAAACUAGUGAAGGAACUGGAAGAGACGGUGAGGGUGGCGUCUUCCCUGCACACCCAGCUGAAAAGUCUGUCAGCCAGCACUCUGUCAUGUUCCUCGGGCAGCAGCCGUGGAUCGCUGACUUCCAGUCGGGGAUCCCUGGCCAACUCCAGCUUGGGCUCCACUUCCUCUCUCAGCUUCACCGACGUCUACCUGGAGCAACCCGAACUGGGCGAUCCCGACUUCCAGAACAAACUGGACUCUAUUUUGCAAGAGGGAAGCACCUCUGGCUACAGGCCUUCUAGUUCCAUCACUACCAUCCAUGAGAAUGAGGUCUCAUCCUCAUCUGUGCAGAUCGGGGGUGGUCCUGGGGUGGGACAGAGAACCCAAGUUCUGCGACUGUCAGAGACGCCUCACUCAAUGAGCUCCCUGUCCCCACGUUCUUCACUGUCUUCCCUGUCACCUCCUUGCUCUCCUCUUGUUACUGAUGCUUCCUUCCUUUCGGGAGAGGUCUUCUCUGGUCCAGCCUCACAGUUGGAUUUAGAUCUGCAGACCAGGCUGAUGGAGCUCCGGUUAGAAGAGGACCAACAGCAUGGGCAGCUGAACUAUCAGGACAACAAACAAGAAAGCAUUAUGGCUGUAGAAACUUCAAAAGAAGCUGUUACGCAAACAAGAGGAUCCGGGCCUGGAUCGAAGAAAGCGGGAGUAACAUCUGCAGUGUCUGACGAAUCGGUAGCAGGUGACAGCGGUGUAUACGAGCCCUCGGAGAAAAGGCCUGGGCUUCCAGUUGAGCAGCUGCUGGCUUUUGAUGACGGGAGCUCAGCAAGCAGCGCUCAGAUCAAACUUGGCCUGAAGUACGAAGUGAAGGAGAAGAGGUUCACCGUGUUCGUAAUGCAGCUCUCCAACUAUAACGCGCUCUCUCUGCCAGCCAACCAGAACAUAUAUGUUCGCGUGGUGGUUCUGCCAUGCUCGGAGACCGUUCGCUGUCUGUUCCGCACACACUGCGCUCUGCCACGGGAGCCCGUAGAGUUAAAGGAAGCGUUUAGCCUGCAGGUCUCCUCCACUGCUCUCCGACAGAAGACUCUGCGCAUUGAUGUCUGCACCACCAGCAAAUCGGGCCGCGAGGACUGUUUAGCUGGUGCUCAGAUCAGCUUGGCUGAUGAGGAGUAUUCAGAGGAAUGGUGCACCAAGUGGUACAACCUUCUCAACUGCACGUACAUGCCAGAAAUGGAUGGAAAGCAAAAAGAAACUGAGAUGCCCGCUCUGCAGGAGCUGACUCCCACUUCCAGCAACUCGGAGAGCGCAGCCGCGUGCCUGGAGAACGUUCCACUUGAGGACUGGCCUGCAGAGACAUUAGAGGGUAACGUGUUUGUGGAUGAAGAGGGUAGUGAUGGUGAGGAAGAUGAGGAGUUUUACCCUGAUGACAGCCAGUGGGAACAGGAGGAAGAGCCAGUUAAAGCUGCAUCGACAACUGUCAUUGCAGAAAAGGUGAAUAAGGAGACUAGUAUGGACAGUCUCCCUCAUUCUGCUUCUGUAGUUCGGCCCAAGGAGCGGCGACAUGAUGUUCAUCAGCAAAACCCUUUUAUGCGGGGAAACACCAUCAUCAGGUCCAAGACAUUUUCACCUGGACCUCAGAGCCAGUAUAUCUGCAGGAUCAACCGCAGCGACAGUGACAGCUCAACAUUGUCGAAGAAAUCUCCCUUCGUCCGGAAUGCCUCUGAGAGACGAAGCGUUCGCAUGAAGAAGCCACCAAUGCAGGUCAAAGGUCUGGAUGGCCUCCUGCGCACCUCUCUGGAUCUGGAGCUGGACCUGCAGGUCACUCGCACGCGACACAGCCGGCUGACCGAGGAACUGCGCGUGCUGCGGGAGCUUAAGGAACAGAUGGAGAAGGCACGGCAGCAGGGCCAGCAUGUCCUUCCCACAUGGGUACAGGAGGAUGAGCGCUUCUGUCUGCUGCUCAAACAUGCAGAGAGACAGACCCAGGAAGAGCAGCUACAGGAAAAGAGGGUAGAGAAGAUGAUGCGAGCAGCGGCCAAGGAUGUGCAUAAGAUUCGUGGGCAGAGCCUCAAGGAGGUUCCUGGGGUCCAGUCUUUUAGAGAGAAGAUGGCCUUCUUCACCAGAGCAAAGAUAAACGUUCCCGACCUACCAGCGGACGAUGUGUAGAAGAUAAUCCAUCUUUAUGUCUCAUUUGGAGGCGAAAACUGACAUCUGGCGGUAUUAUGAAGAAUGGUGUGACAGGAAAAUGUAUGUAGGGCAGAAAACGUCAUUUGAAAACACUGGGUUUUAACGCUCAACUGAAAUUGUAUAGAUCUGUGUUUAUUUUUUGUUUUUAGAUAGAUUUAUUUUUUAAAUUUCACCACGUUCUGUUACUAAUAAGUGUAUCUCGGCAUCUGUGCUAGGUAUUUUAGUGGUCAUUCAAUACAUCAAGCUGGACUGUAUACUGUAACUCUUGAUGAUGUGAAUACAGAUAUUUACGGUACUAUUUUUGUCCAUAGCACAAGGGUUCAAGGGACUCUUACCUUUUUGACAAAAUGAACUGGCAGAAAUCCUUAGUCACGUCCCUUUAUAAACAAAGCACAUCUGUUCUCGUUUCUUUUUUGUUUUGCAGAUGUGUAAAUGGUUACAGAUGCAUGAAACUAAAGCAUGAUGAGUUAAAUAGACCGGUUAGUAGCCUAAAUCGAUUGCUAACAGCGUGUUCGUUUUGUUAAUCGCACUUGCAAACGUGACACGGGAUAGCGCGAAUAUAAAGCGACGUACAAACUGCACUUAGCUCCACAGACUCUCAGGUAGAAUAUCAGAUAGUUCAUGCACUUUAAUAGAAAAGAGGCAUUGAUAUAGAGCAAAACAAAAAGCACAUUGUGAACGCAAAGGUGGUGUUGUGAGUGUUAAAGAUGUGAAACUCGUGAUUCCUGGCAAAUUGCAUCUAUUGAAUGUGUUUUUAGGUUUUCCCUGGCGGCGUAUUGUAAUAGUUUGGAUUAGUGAAUGGUUUGGAUCUCUUUUAUUUGAAAAACACCCUCACAUCCGUCAACAUGUUAGCUUUGUGUGUGCAAGUGAACACAAACAGUAGCAUCGUUUAAUUCUCAAAGCCAAAUAUUAAUGAAUUUUUUAUUUAUUAUAUUAUUAUUAUGAUUUUAUUUCAACCUGACAGUUCUAGAGGAGCUAUUAGUGGGUUGAAUCUCACAAAAAUGGAUCAUAUUUCACCCAAUAAACAAAAGACACAGAUAAGGAAAUCUAUUAUGAAUGCUAUUUGCAAAAGCUAAUGAAAAAGAUUGCUUGCAAUCUCUUAUGGGAAUGUCACAAGACACAUUUUAAAAUCAUACAUGAAAUGCAAAUAGGAAAUAAUUAUUUUUGGAACAUUUUUGUGUGAAUCCCAUUUAAAAUCCCACCGUAAACCCAUUGGAUCACAUGUGAAAGUCAUUAGAUGUGGGAGUAUUGAAAAACAGUAUUGAAAAACAAAAUAUAUAUAUAUAUGUAGAAUUUUUUUACUUUACAAUUACAAUUAUUGACAUUAACAGUAAAUACUCCCACACAAUGACUAUUUACUGUAUAGUUUUUACGUGUGAAUUGAAAAUAUUUACAUAUAUUGAAUUUUUUUUAUAGAUGCUGACAACAUAAGUAUAUUACAGUGCAUCCGGAAAGUAUUCAUAGCGCUUCACUUUUUCCACAUUUUUUAUGUUACAGCCUUAUUCCAAAAUGGAUUAAUUUAUUUCCUCAAAAUUCUACACACAAUACCCCAUAAUGACAAUGGGAAAAAAUAUAUUUUGAAAUUGUUGCAAAUUUAUUAAAAAUAAAAAAGCUGAAAAAUCACAUGUACAUAAGUAUUCACAGCCUUUGCUCAAUACUUUGUUGAUGCACCUUUGGCAGCAAUUACAGCCUCAAGUCUUUUUGAAUAUGAUGCCACAAGCUUGGCACACCUGUCUUCGGGAAUUUUUGCUUCCUCUUUGCAGUACCUCUAAAGCUCUAUCAGGUUGGAUGGGAAGCGACGGUGUACAGCCAUUUUCAGAUCUCUCCAGAGAUGCUCAAUAGGAUUUAGGUCUGGCCUCUGGCUGGGCCACUCAAGGACAUUCAUAGAGUUGUUGUGAAGCCACUCCAUUGAUAUUUUGGCGGUGUGCUUUGGGUCAUUGUCCUGCUGGAAGAUAAACCGUCGCCCCAGUCUGAGGUCAAGAGCCCUCGGAAGCAGGUUUUCAUUCAGGAUGUCUCUGUACAUUGCUGCAUUCAUUUUUGCCUCUAUCCUGACUAGUCUUCCAGUUCCUGCUGCUAAAAAACAUCCCCACAGCAUGAUGCUGCCACUACCAUGCUUCACUGUUGGGAUGGUAUUAGCCUGGUGAUGAGCGGUGCCUGUUUUUCUCCAAAUGUAACGCCUGCCAUUCACUCCAAAGAGUUCAAUUUUAGUCUAAUCAGACCAGAGAAUUUUGUUUCUUAUGGUCUGAGAGUCCUUCAGAUGCCUUUUGGCAAAUUCCAGGCGGGUAGUGGCUUCAAUCUGACCACUCUACCAUACAGGCCUGAUUGGUGGAUUGCUGCACAGAUGGUUGUCCUUCUGUAAGUUUGUCCUCUCUCCACAGAAGAACACUGGAGCUCAAACAGAGUGACCAACGAGUUAUUGAUCACCUCCUUGACUAAGGCUCUACCCUUGACUAAGCCUCCCCCGAUCACUCAGCUUAGAUGGCCGGCCAGCUCUAGGAAGAGUCCUGGUGGUUUCAAACAUCUUCCACUUACGGAUGAUGGAGGCCACUGUGCUCAUUGGAACUUUCAGAGCAGCAGAAAUGUUUCUGUAACCUUCCCCUGCCUUGUGCCUCGAGACAAUCCUGUCCAGGAUGUCUGCAGACAAUUCCUUUGUCUUCAUGCUUGAUUUGUGCUUUGACAUGCACUGUCAACCCUGGGACCUUAUAUAGACAGGUGUAUGCCUUUUCAAAUCAUGUCCAAUCAACUGAAUUUACCACAGGUGAACUCCAAUUAAGCCGCUGAAACAUCUCAAGAAUGAUCAGUGGAAACAGAAUGUACCUGAGCUCAAUUUAGAGCUUCACGGCAAAGCUUUUACAGCUUUUACAGGUUUUAAUAAAUUUGCAACAUUUUCAAAAAAAUAUUUUUUCCGAUUGUCAUUAUGGGGUAUUGUGUGUUGAAUUUUGAGGAAAUAAAUUAAUUUAAUCCAUUUUGGAACAAGGCUGUAACAUAAAAAAUGUGGAAAAAGUGAAGCACGAUAAAUACUUUCCGGAUGCACUGUAUAUAUGUAUAUAGAGACUAUAAAUAUAGGUCAAAGAGACUAGAUAUUUUUAAAUGACUUACAUAUACAGACAAAGCCUUCUGAUACCAAAUGAUCAACUAGAAGUCGAGUUAUUAUUUGGUGUUCCUAAAACUUGCAUUGGCGACAAUACGCUUUUCAGGUAGUGUAUAUGUAAAUAAGCUCUCUUGUUGAUUUCUUUCCUCUUUAAUGAAAAAGAGAAAUUAUGGUUCUGUGUUAAAGGUACUUGGCGAGAAAUGCCAUGGAAAUUAUAUCAAAUUGCAUUGAAAAACAUUUAGGUAAAUUCAAACUUUUUUUUUUUCGAAAAACACGGUUUAUUUCUGUGAGAUUCGCCCAUUUAUAAAGCACACCUUUGAAAUCUGUACAUUACCGCAGCAGUGAAAACAUCUGGGGCACUGAAAGCUGUUGAGAAUUCCCUGCUCUCGCUGUAAACACUUAAUAAUGUAUCGCACACCACUGCAGAGAUCCGUCAGUGUAGCGUUUAGAGUCUCUUCAUACAGAGAAGACUCACCGGUGACUUGCGCUAUGUAAACGAACGACUAAUCUAAUAUUGAUAUUUUGCUAAACUCUUCAUCAUAAUGCAAAUGAUUCCAUUUUUCGAGCUGAUAGUAGAUGACUAUGAAUAUUACUUCCAAGUUAUUAAAAUCCCUUUUAAAUGUUACUGUAGCUUUGCAUCAUGGGCAAAGUUGUUCAUCUGAAUGUAGCACUUAAACAAAAAUCUGUAGUUCAUGUGAGCUGAAAGGGUUUUUGGCACAGUCAUGGAUGGCGUUACCAGCAUAAUUGAGUAUUUUUUUUGCUCACGUCCAACAAAUUCCCACCAUUCAUAUGAGUUGAUAUGUUUUGCAUGUAUUUGGUCCCCUGUUGGUUUACUUCAUACAUUACGUUUAUAAUGAGAUCCUCAUGUGCGUCAAUAUCCAAUCUUUGUUUUUCUGUCUUUUUGUUCAGCCUCAUAUUAGAUAAUAAUGUUGUUUGAGUUUCAGUAGCAAUAUUUCAACAUUUAUUAUAUUGCUUAUAAGAACAUGUAUGGAUGAAACAGACCAUGGAAAGCUGUUUUAACAUUUAAAGGAACACUAUUUAUUCGAUUUUGGAAAUAGGCUUUGCAAGUUUUACCGUUUUUGAAUCUAUUCAGCUGAUCUCCUGGUCUGGCUAGAGCACUUUUAGCUUAGCUUAGGAUAAAAUAUUGAAUCAGCUUAAAGUGACAUUUAAGGGCUUAACUAGGGUAAUUAGGUUAACUAGGCAGGUUAGGGUAAUUAGGCAAGUUAUUGUAUAACGAUGGUUUGUUCUGUAGACUAUCAAAAAUAUAUAGCUUAAAGGGGCUAAUAAUUUUGUUAUGUUGUGUGCUAAGUCCGACAGAAAGUAAAAAGUUCUCCUUUUUAGGCUGAUUUGGCUAGGAACUAUAUUGUCAUUCCAACUUUAACAGUAACUCAAUUUAACUCAGUUACUUUAACUCAGUUACUUUAAUAGUACCCCAGUUUAACUCAGUUACUUUAACGGUCACUCAGUUUAACUCAGUUACUUUAACAGUAACUCAGAUUAACAAAUUCAUUCAUUCAUUCAUUUUCUUUUCGGCUUAGUCCAUUUAUUAAUCCGGGGUCGCCACAGAGGAAUGAACCGCCAACUUAUCCAGCAUGUUUUUACGCAGCGGAUGCCAACGGCAGCAACCCAUCUCUAGGAAACAUCCACACACACUCAUUCACAUUCAUACACUAUGGACAAUUUAGCCUAUCCAAUUCACCUGUAUCGCAUGUCUUUGGACUGUGGGGGAAAUCGGAGUACCCGGAGGAAACCCACGCGGACGCAGGGAGAACAUGCAAACUCCACACAGAAACGCCAACUGACCCAGCCAAGGCUCGAACCAGCGACCUUCUUACUGUGAGGCGACAGCACUACCUACUGCGCCACUGCGUCACCUCAGAUUAACUCAGUUACUUUAACGGUAACUCAUUUUAGUAAGUUUAGACUAUUUUUAGGUGCUGCUAAUAUCAUUUUGCCUGAGUGAUUGUAUAGUUCCUAGCCAUAUUAGCCUUAAAAUAGCAUCUUUUCAUAUUAAGUUGCUUUCAGUACAUAGUGUAACUACAGAAGAGUCAAGCUUUAAACAAGAAAAUCAUCAAAAGUCUUUUCUGACCAUUUUUAAGCAAGAUGCUGAUUUAGUGAUUUAUGCUAAGCUAAGCUAAAAGUGCUCCCGCCAGACCUGGAGGUAAUUUUAGGUGACUUGUAUUUCCCCAAAAAAGGUGGAGUGUUUCUUAAAUGCAUUAGCAUCUAUUUUCAUGCUGAAAGUGCUUAGAUUUUAGCAACUAAUACCUUUUUAAAAGACACUAGUUCUUAAUUGUUAGAUACUGUAUAUGUUACAAGUGUUUUUUCAUUUGGUAGGCUACUAGUACCUAUUUAUUAGAUACUUGUUCUCAUUAUACAUACUAGUACUUCUUCAUUCGAUACUGGUACUUGUUAUUAAUUACUAGUACUUAUUUAUUUGAUACUAGCACCUAUUAGAUAAAUGCUAGUAUUUAUUAAUUAGAUACUUGUGUUUAUUUCAGUUGUGACAAGUUGCAUUGGCAGAUGUCAACACCAUUUUGACUAGUUUGUUUUCCACUUUUGACUAGUACAUAUUUUAUAUACUAAUAGUUAUUUAUCCAGCAACUUAUACUCAUUGGAUAUUUGUAUCUAUUACAUUGAUUUAUUACUUUUCUCUCUCUAUUUUUUAUUUAUUUGCACUUACUCAUUACAUAGUACUUAUUGAUCAGCAACUAUGUAUUCAACGCUACUACCUACCUGAUGAAUAAUUAAUAGUACGUGAAAACAUCUACUUGGCACAACUGGAUUUCAUAACUUGUCCAAACCAAGUAGUUAAUAUCUCAUUGAAGUCCCAUAGAAGUCAGUGAGGGAACAACAGAAUAAUUACUAGUCAAUAUUGAAAUAAGGACUAGGUGUUCAAGUACUGCUUUAAUAGGUACUAGUGUCUGAUAAAUAAGAACUGAAUAAGUUGUAUCACUAGUAGAUAUUAAAUAAGCACUAGUACUUAAAGGGAAAGAAACUAGUGUCUUAAAGUAUUAGUAGCAUGAAAAUGGAUACUAGUACAGUUUAUUGGUUAAAUGUUAAAACGGCUUUCCAUAGCGAACCUUGAUGUGCUUCAAAAGGAUAGCAUAGUGUCUGAAACUAGUGUGAAAUCUGGUACUGAUGAGUAGGGAUACAGUGAUCCCAUCUGCAAUGCACGUUUACGUGCUCUGGUCUCUUGCUCCACCUAGUGGAGAACUGGAGUUUGUACUUUAUUUUUGGUAGCACUCUUGAUACAAAAACCCUGACAUCUCUCCAAAAUUGAUUUAGGAGAUGGAGAUUGCAUAUAUACUUUGGUUGUGGCGCAUUAUAAGAACAUUUACCACCCAUCUGAAAAAUGCUGUCCUAAAGCUUGUUGCCAAAUAUUUAAUUCAAAUAGAAGCCUCUUUUUAAAGCUCAGUUGUUUUGUUUUCUGCGUACAGAAAAAAAAGUACAGACAUUUAUUUGUUUUUAUUUCGGAUCUUAAUAGGCAUCAUUCUCGCAGUUUAGACCCAGUUAAAGAGACAGUUCACCCAAAAAUGUCAAUUUAGGCACAUUUCACACAGACAAAGUCAAGUCAUCUUUGAAACACCUCUCGGGCAGGAUGCUCGGGCAUUCAGUCUGAAUGCGGAAACAUCAAAUUCUCCAAAAUUGCUUGCCAAACUUACGAUUAAAUUUUAUUUUAGGAAUCACCAUUAAAAUUAAGCAAGAACUGUGUUUUUAGUUUCAUUUCUAAACAUCCAAAUCGCACAAAAUCUGCAGAAACUCACGACUGGUUCGAGACACUCACCUUGAGAUUCGUCAGUCUAUAGCGAUGGCUGAUUGGCUCCUGUACUAGAAGGCGGGGCUUUAUUCACCAUAUUGACCGUUAGACUUUUCCCUAUAGAUUACUUCAAUGUGGUCAUGUCAUUGGCCCAUGAACAUUUCCUGCUUGUUAUCAAACUAGUUCAUAACUGUAACUAGAGGCAAUUCAAUCAUAACUUAAUGUUAAAACAGCGAUCAUAACAUUAUUUAUCAAUAUGUGGCUCUUUUUGGUUUCUCUGAAACUAUAGAAAUUAAAAAUGUAAAACAGGAAAUACAUUAGGUUUGUUACAUCCCUCAAAAUGGUCUAUUCAAAAUGAGUUACAUGUCUUGUAUAUUCUAUAGUCUUUGACAGCUGUGUCUCAUUUCAGAGCCUGCAUCCUCCGAAGGAUGCAAACUUCAAAGGUGAGUCUUUGGAUGUCCACACAGACUGAACCGAGAGUUUUGAAAUUAGACGAUCUAGCCUACAGAGGACAGAUCUCAUCAUCUAGCAAACGUAAGAGCUGCUGUUAUUAAGCGGUUAUAAAAUGUGUAAUUACUUUUUUCAAAGUGAUUUUAAAACUUAUUUUAAGCGAUCUGAAAGCAAAACAAGGUUUAUAAAAGCUGGAAAUAUAUUUCCUUUGAUCCAUUCAUGUAUACAUAAACAUGUAAACGGUCUAUGAAAUCACUCUCUAGUAAGACAUUACAUAUUUUUUUAGUUUUUUAACAUGUGUUUAGAUAUCCAAGUAAAAUAAACUUAAUUACAUUUAAACCAGACUUUAAAAAUAUCCUGCCGUUAUCAGCGCGCAAUGAAUCUUGGGACGCGAAGGAUCCACCGGUUGUGUCCUUCAUUACCUGGGAAAUGAAGUAUGCCUUUUGAGGCUGCGUUUGAAGGAGUCUUUGAAUUUUUUUUAAAUGAGACAGCAGCGCACUUCGAAUGCAUCCUUCAGAAGAUGCAGCCUCUGAAAUGAGACACCGCUAUAGGCUGCGUCCGAAAAAGCAUACUUCCAUACUAUAUAGUACGCUAAAAUCAGUAUGCGAGCCGAGUAGUAUGUCCGAAUUCAUAGAAUUCGAAAAACAGUAUGCGAAAAGUACCCGGAUGACUUACUACUUCCAGCGAGAUUCUGAAGUGUGCAUCCCAUGCACACUGUGCUAUCCCAUGAUGCCCUGAGAGAGAAUUCAUGAAUAGGAGUGAAGCGAUGCAACUGACACGGGUAGGUCACGUGAUCAUGACAAAAUGGCAGAUGUAGUAAUUCCAUUCAUACUGCUCACAUUCAUACUAUAUAGAAGGUACUUUUCUAACAGCCGGGUAGUACGUUUAAAUUCAGUUGCUGUACCUACUGAGUAGUAGGCGGUUUCGGACGCAGCCAUUGUCUUUAACACACUUUUUUAACACAUGUCUUUUGUUGACGUCAAACAGUUGUAUGCCAGAUUGCUACUGUAAACAGAAGCUUGCAGUGGUUUCCCCGCCUCUAGUUCUUCUGAUUGGUCCACUGCUUUGCAAUCGAAAUUGGCUGUAGUGUAUAAGUGCGUGUGUGAAUGAGAGUGUAUGGGUGUUUCCCAAUACUGGGGAUCCGCUGCGCAAAAUAUAUGCUGGAAUAGUUGGUGGUAGGGUUGUCGCGAUUCUGGAAUUUGGUACCAAUCAUUUCAAAGUCAAGUCGAUCAGCUGGUUUGUCUAUAAGCUGACAAACGAGCAAUCCGCUGAUGAAUCGAGGUUUUAAAACGUUCCCUGUAUCUGUGUUUACACUCAACAGCAGUGAUUUUGGUGAACUGAUGACCUUCACAGCCAAUCAGUCAUUUCGAUUGAGCUGAAAUGUUAGCGGGAAAUGGGCGCUUUUAAAAUUUCAGCAUCGAUGGUACAGAACUCCAGUAUUGUGACAACCCUAGUUGGUGGUUCAUUCCGCUGCAGUAACCUUACAAAAAUAGACACUAAGCUGAAGGAAAAUGAAUGAAUGAAUUAUCACGAACAGGUUUGGAAAAUGAGAGAGUUUUCAUUUGCGGUUGGACUGUACCUUUAAGACACUGCCAAACUUCGACUACUCUCUGUGCGAUGUGUAUUUUUUCUCACUCAUCAAGGUACCGUUUUGUUAUCAUUUUUACCAGAUUUACUGAUUUUACCUUAUUUGAAUGUAAGAAACAAAAAAAAAAAACAAUAGGUCCCUUUACUUUUUACCUGGAAACACUACGGUUUUGCUCAAUCUGAGAGUAAACGAACAAGUGUCUAAUGCUUUCACUGGUCGUACAGUAUGCUGCCGUUCACAGUAUGUGUUGGAGAAAGACUUGUCUCAAUCGAGUUGGUGCUCUUCAACUCCAUUCUUAGGAUUAUAAGGACGUACAUAUUUGGCUUUUUGUAUUUUUUAUUUGGACUCUUGGUCCAGUCAUGCAUAAAUCAUGUGAUACUUGCUUAAAAUAAUCAAAAGGAAAACAAUGCUGUCAGUAUCUGAUGCUGGUAGUCAUGAAUGAUUGUUUAUUGUUCACAAUAGGACUUUUAUUUUGAAUUAUUUUUUUUUAAAUCUUGUAUUAAUGAUGAAAAUCGAACCUGAUCUGAUCACAGUGAUGGUUUAAGAAGUACAGCUUGUAUUUAUUGCACUUUUUUGUGAUUUGGGUGUUCUGUCUUUCUUUUUCUUGUGAGACUUCUGAAAGCUGUGAAUUUUAUCAUCGACACUGUACUGUCAACCAGAAUUGUAAAUAUAUCACCAGCACAAGAGUAUGUUUUGUAGUUUCACAACAAAUAUAAAAAAAAGUUCCUCUCUUCUAAUCUUUACAA